AUGGCCGACUACCAAGUAACCGAGAAGAAGGAGACUCACCGAGUCGACUCCGGCACCGAGGGUGAAGACCAUCACAAGAUUGUCAACGAACAACCCGUCGACGUCUUCACCAACGAGGAUGGCGACGUCAACUUCCGCGGCGUCUCCUGGCCCGCGGCGGCCGUCCUCGUCGCCAAGUUCCAGCUCGGCCUCGGGGUGCUGAGUCUGCCCAAGACUUUCCACACCCUGGGCUUCUUCCCGGGCAUCCUCUGCUUCGUGAUCCUCUCCAUCAUGACCACCGCCUCGGGCUACGUCUCCGGCAACGCGAGGUUGUACUACCCGCAGAUCUACAGCGUCGCAGACGUCGCCGAGAUGAUGUUCGGCAAGAAGACGAGGGAGUUUGUCGGCUUCCUCUUCUUCCUCUACCUCGCCCUGACCGCCGGCGCCGGCAUGCUGGCCUCCUCCGUCGCCCUCAACGCCCUCUCGAGCCACGGCGCCUGCACCAUGGCCUUUGUCGGCGUGGCCGCCGCCGUCGCCUUCCUCAUCGGCGGCGGGUUCCGCAGCCUGGACAAGAUCGCCUGGGUCAGUUGGGCCGGUUUCGGCUGCAUCUUCGUCGCCAUCUGGACCACGGCCAUCGCCUGUCUCGUCCAGGACAGGCCCGCCGCCGGCCCCGCGACGGGCCCCGUUGACCUCGACAUCCGUGUCUUCCCCGUCACCACCUUUGCGCACGCCAUGUCCGCCGUCUCCAACCAGCUGUUCGCCGUCGGCGCUUCCGGCGUCUGCUUCUCCAUCGCCGCCGAGAUGAAGGAGCCCAAGGACUUUGGCAAGGCCCUGCUCUGGGGCCAGGGCAUCGUCAUCGCCACCUGCGUCGCCAUCGCCUCCAUCGUCUACGCCCAGGUCGGCCAGUACCUCGCCAGCCCCGCCCUCGGUUCCGCCGGCCCCUUGAUCAAGAAGGUUGCCUACGGCAUCGGCCUGCCCGGUCUCCUCGUGACCGCCAUCCUCUACAGCCACACGGCCGGCAAGUACUGGUUCGUGAGAAUCCUCCGCGGCACACGCCACCUCCAGACCGGCACCGCCAAGCAUUGGAUCGUCUGGGGCUCUUCCAUGAUGGGCACCGUCGUGUUCGGCUUCAUCAUCGUCGGAGUCGUGCCCUUCUUCAGCGACUUCCUCAGCCUUGUCGGCUCCCUCGUCAACCCGGUCUUCACCCACAUCAUCCCCGGCUUCAUGGUGCUGUACUUUGUCGCCAAGAAGCCCACCAUGGUCGGCGAGGGAGGAUCGAACGUGCCCCAGAAUUCCUUCGCCGAGAAGCACUGGAUUACGGAGGCUCACGACGCGGCCAAGACCAGCAAGAGAGAUGCGAUUGUCGUCGUCCUCUCCUGGGUCAUGAUUGUCAUUGGUGCCUUCAUCAUCGUCGGCGGCACGUACGCAACUGUUUUGACGAUUAAGGAGGGCUAUGACAACGGUUCGAUUGGUAGUGUUUUCUCGUGCGCAGACAACUCGUCAGGCUAA